AUGCGAAGACAAUGGCUCGGGGUACUGGGGCGUUUCCUAGGAGGUCCAGCUCCUCUGGGCUAUGUGGCCGGCGUUGAUAGAGGUGCCACUAGCUUCACCACCCGAUCUGAUAUGCGCCUGCGGCUUAGCUCCAGUGCCUUCACAUGCCGAAACUACUCCGAAGUCAGCACUCACCUCAGUUCGGAACGGGCCACGGAACUGCUGGGAAACCUGGACGAUGAGGAGCUGAAGAAUCUGCGUGGUGCCUUGGGAAAAUUGGACUCCGACAAGGAGAAGAAAAAUUUCGAAAGCCAGCUAGCCGUGGGCAGUUGGCGUACUCGAUUUGGACGACUCUCGAACAAGCCCACAUUGGGUCAGGUGGAUACUUCCGGGACCUUUUGUGCCAUCCCAGACGAUUGGCUGCGGAAAAAACUGUUGGAAACUGCACCCUCCCCUACAGUUGGACAAUUGUGCAGCAUAUUUUUUGUUAAUGCUGUACCCUUUGUUGCGUUCGGAUUCCUCGACAACUUCAUCAUGAUAAUGGCAGGAGAAUCCAUCGAAUUCUAUUUGGGCCACUUUGUUGUUUUGUCCACAAUGGCAGCCGCCGGUCUGGGCAACACCAUCAGUGAUGUGAUAGGAAUAAUGACCGCCACCUAUGUGGAGAGCGGAUGUGAAAUUUUAGGCCUGAAACCGCCUAAGCUAACGCCCGCCCAGUUCGAGCUGAAGUCCAGCAAAAGAUCCGCCAGUUAUGGUCGCGUGAUAGGCAUUACUGUCGGCUGCCUUUUGGGCAUGUGUCCGUUGUGGCUUUCGGACGACAAAAAGGAGGAGGUCACGGAGAGUACUGUGGCUGUGACUGAUUGAAGUGCCUUCGAGUAGUAUCAAGAUCAGGGUAUUGGUCUACAGGAAUAUGGAUAACGAAAAUUGAAAGCCUACAGGGACAAAAAAAUAGGGAAUAAUUCUAAAAUAAUGACGCGGAAAGGUACUUAGCUGAAUGCGUUUGGGCAAGUCGAUCUCGUGUGACUGCUUUAA